UGCUCAUUUUGCGCCGUGUCAAUCAACUUUCCGGUCAUGCCGUAAUUUCUAGUACAGCAAAAACUCGAAUCGCAACAUUCGUUUUGUUAAUGAUUUUGCCCACCAAAGAAGAACACAAUACAGCUAAACCAGCAUAAUCUUUUCUAGUCAACAGCUUUGCGUAAGGGACGAGGAUUGAUAAUACACCCCCUCGGCUUCAAUCCAGUCCAUCUGUCUCAAUCGUCUAGUCCCUCAUCCCACAAAAAAACGGGAGCACAAAAAAGUCACAAUGACCGACUCACCCAUCAGUCGCAAACGGCCAAACAGCACCGUCAGCACCCCGAUCUCCCCGUCGGCCGACUCCCUCCACUCGCCGUCCUCGAGCCGCUCGUCGCCUUCCUCUUCGUCCUCGUCUCGACACCCCCCAUACCUCCCGACACGGCUCGAGACCUACGUGCUGGCGCUCUACCCGACGCUCCUCGUCUUCGGCUCGGCGUUCGCCCUGCUGUCGCCGGCCGUCCGGGCCGCAAAGUACGACCCGUACGCGCAGGCACACGUGCAGGACUCGACGGCGCCGUCGUACUUUGCGCGCAAGGACAACGUCUUCAACGUGCUGUUUGUGAAGCGCGGCUGGGCGUGGAUCACGGGGGCGUUUCUGACCUUUGUCGCGACGCACCAGGGCAUCACCCCGACGGCGGCCAAGGCCAGGGCCGCGGUGCGCUGGGCGCUCGUCACGGGCUGGUGGGUCCUCGUCACGCAGUGGUGCUUUGGCCCGCCGCUCAUCGACCGCGGGUUCCGCUACACGGGCGGCAAGUGCGAGGCGGCCCAGGCGGCGGUCGCCGAGGACGGCGUCGCGGGCUCGGCGGCAAAGGAUGUGUUUAGCGCGGCGGCGUGUCGUGCCGCUGGUGGGCGCUGGAGCGGCGGGCAUGACAUCUCGGGCCACGUGUUCCUGCUCGUCCUGGGCAGCUUCUUUCUCGUGCAGGAGGUCGGCUGGGUGGUGAUUCGCUGGCGCGCGAGGGGCUGGGAGCUGCGCGGCAAGGAUACCAGGACCGUGGUGAUGGUGGACGGCGCGGUCAAGAGCGCAGACGUAGAGGCCGAGGACCUCUGGGAGAAGUCGCUGCUCGGUGCGCAGGAGGGGUGGCUGGACGUGCUGGGCCUGGGGGGCAAGGUUGCGCUGGCGGUCGUGGGGUUGAGCCUUUGGAUGCUCCUCAUGACUGCUAUUUUCUUCCACACGUGGUUCGAGAAGCUUACCGGUCUCCUGGUCGCUUUCACCGGCCUCUACGGAGUCUACUUUGUGCCAAGACUCAUCCCUGGUCUGAGAGCCCUCGUUGGCAUGCCCGGAAUAUGACCAUGAUAUUUUAUGGGUCGUGAUUGACGGCGGAGUUGGAAGAGACGGACUUUUAAUACGAGACCGUGUACAAUGGAUGAUAAAAGGCUUGGUUUGGUAGUUGUAAUGAAUGGGGACUUGGCUUUUUCACAUGUCAGCGGUAGACUAGGACUGGUAGACGUUGAAUUUGAAGAUAUCCACGCUGGGUCAGGCUGUUGAGGCUGCUUUAGGGCAUCUUCCGGUCUAGUGUAUUGAGUACUGUAGUUCUAGGACAAAAAAAGGUAAUAUUCGAGACCGGUUCACUUAAAGAACUUAAAGA